UCGCCUAAGCUACUAGCCUGUACACGCCUACGCUAAAUAAACCCAUCGACUGUAAUCCUCACUGUACACAGCGGAAUCCUUUGCUGGUAUUUUCUGCCUCACUUAACGUUUUUUCCAAAUACAGCAAAGAAAUGGACAACUCCGGGAAAGAGAAGGAAGCGAUUCAGCUAAUGGCCGACGCUGACAAAAAAGUCAAGUCCUCUGGCUCUUUUUUGGGAGGGAUGUUUGGAGGAGGACAUCACAAAGUGGAAGAGGCAUGUGAGAUGUACUGCAGAGCGGCCAACAUGUUCAAGAUGGUCAAAAACUGGAGUGCUGCUGGGAGUGCAUUUUGCAAGGCUGCACGUCUCCAUAUGCAGCUGCAGAACAAACAUGACUGUGCCACCAGUUUCAUCGAUGCAGGGAAUGCUUACAAGAAGUCUGAUCCCAAUGAGGCAAUCAAGUGUUUAAAUGCUGCCAUCGAUAUAUACACAGACAUGGGAAGAUUCACCAUCGCAGCCAAACACCACAUCAGUAUCGCAGAGAUCUACGAGGCUGAACUUGUGGAUAUCGAAAAGGCUAUUGCACAUUAUGAACAAGCAGCAGACUACUACAAAGGAGAAGAAUCAAACAGUUCUGCCAACAAGUGUCUCCUGAAAGUGGGAUCUUACUGUGCUCAGUUGGAGCAGUACCAGAAGGCUAUUGAGAUCUACGAGCAGGUUGGAGCCAACACGAUGGACAACCCACUGCUGAAAUACAGCGCCAAAGAGUAUUUCUUCAAAGCCUCCCUGUGUCAUUUCAUUGUCGACGAGCUCAACGCUAAGAUUGCUGUUGAAAAAUAUGAGGAGAUGUUCCCGGCUUUUUCAGACUCCAGAGAAUGCAAGUUGUUGAAGAAACUUCUUGAGGCACAUGAGGAACAGAACAGCGAGGCUUUCACAGAGGCAGUAAAGGAGUUUGACUCCAUCUCACGUUUGGACCAGUGGCACACAACCCUCCUGCUGCGCAUCAAAAAGACCAUCCAGGGUGAUGAAGGGGAUCUGAAAUGAAAGAACCACUGGGUACAAAAUGCAGCAUGGAGGGACAAAUCCAUCACGCAUGCUUUCUCACACACACAGGCAAAUAAACAGACAGACACUCGCCUCAUUGUGUAUAGUAUCUGGAGAGGAGUGUCUGGCGAUUUUGAAUAUUCCACUGCUCACUGCUAUACUGUCAGAGUACUAUCUUUGCUUUCCUUACAAGCAUAUCUGAAUCUAGUCAGAAUGUAAAUCCUCUCGCCCUCACCUCUUCCUAGAGGAUUGCUGCAUACCUUUUCUGCUGAAAUCUGUCCUGGGGGAUUUCAGAGCGGUAUAUUGUAUUGAAACUAAUGUUAGUAUUGAUGACAAGCACUGCAUGUUUUGUACAAGUAUUGUUUCCUAGUCCGAUGCAGCUUGUUUUUUUUUAAUCUAGUCUAUUAUAUAUUUCAAUUAUUUAAAUGUUUCAGUUUGUUGUACAUAAGAUUAUCAUGAUGUGUGUGGAUUUAAAGAAUGUACUAUUAUCUUAAUUUAUGUUGUGUUGAAAUAGAAGAGAAGGAUUAAAUCAAUGUCAUGAUUGUUCUUACAACUCAUUACCAUAAAAAAGAUUUUGGUUUUCUUUUUAUCACUCAUGGGGAGAGACUCUUCUUGAUGAAGGGCUGUGAUAUGCACCAAGUGUAGACUGUUAAACAUUUGUACCUAAUCACAACCUGAUGAUUUUUUGUGAUAAAUGUUCAUGAUUUUAUUACAUUUCAGUUUAUUUAUUAUGACUUUAGGAUUUUUUGAUGUAAGAACACUUUUAAUGUUUGAAUGUGUAAGCUGCAGUUUAUAGGUUGCCUAUGUGAGCUGUAUUUUGGCGUGAAAAGAACUGACAUGGAAACCCUUUCUCCUUUAUUCCCAGGGCAGUAAUUUUGGGAUAAUGUGCAUCAUUAGUCAUUCAUUCCGUGCCGUGUUGUGUUGUGAACUACACUACAGUGAAGGUUUACUACUGCAGUGCACCUUCCAACUGGCCAGUUGCUAAGCAUGUCAUUGUGUACAGGUUAGUGUUGUGUUACAUUCACUAGUGAGCCAGACCAAAGUUUUUACAAAAGGGUCAGUCGCCCUGCGUAUCCAGCUUCUUCCAGAAGGAAUGACAAUGGGGAUUGGAUAUGAUCUGUAUGCUUGUGCGAAUGGACAAUAAUAAAGGUAUUAUAUCCCA